GGCGACGGUGCCACUAUUUGGAGUCGGGUUGCCACAGCAGCAAGUACUCUGACCGUCAGUGUCAGCAAAGCCUGGGCUACCAAUGUUACAACUAUGUCAGGCGAGGAGACACCUCCAGGGCAGGAGUCGCGCCUCACGCGUGCAAUGAAAGCCUAUCACAUUGAAAAGGCUCGCGAUCCGUCUGAUCUCCCUGCAUGGCUCUUUGACGAGCAUGAGCGUACACCGCUUUCUCGGUAUGAUAGAUAUGAGGUGGCUGAGAAUCCAAUUACCGAGCUACCCCGUCCGAGAGGUCUCCGCGAUAUUUACGACGCAGCAACUGUCACUCCUCCCGCUCCUUCGAGAUUCGAACGAACGUAUAGACCUAAUUAUGCGGAUGAUUACCCGCCAUCGAAAGCGACAGAUCGUUUGAAAGCACUCCGAGACGCCAAACGAAGUGCAGUCAACCCACGGGCCAAUCGCGAUCCUCCUAUUGACCAUUAUAUCAGCCAGCGAGACCGGAUUGGAUUACCGUCAGGACCUGCAACGAGGUCACGAUGA